AAUUAAAUAUAUGUUCAAUAGAAAGUUACAACUUGGGUACUAGUAGCAGCUCUCACAGACCCGUAAAGUAGAUAACCCUAAUUUUUUCAAUCGUGUUCUUCAGCAAAUCCUCCAAUCCAUAUUCAAUUUAAUAGUUCAAAUCCUGAUAUAUCACAAACAAGGAGCAAUGGAGGACUGGGAGGAUGUGCCUGCCCCUGUGGUCUUGAAAAAGGAACUAGUAAAGAAUUCAUGGGAUGAUGAAGACGUGGAUGAAGAUGAUAUCAAGGAAUCUUGGGAGGAUGAAGAACCUGCUCCGGUGCCUGUUGCUGAACCACCGGCUGAAAAGCCUUCAAAAAAGACUUCAGCAAAAGCUAAUGACAAGAAAGGGAAAGGUGUUGAAAUAGUCAAGGAGGAACCACUAGAUCCUGUAGCAGAAAAACUUCGGCAGCAGAGGCUUGUGGAAGAAGCAGACUAUAGAAACACUGCCGAAUUAUUUGGUAAAUCAGGUGGCGAUGACAAGUCUCUUGAAAUAUUCAUUCCUAAAUCAGAAAGUGAUUUCUUGGAAUAUGCUGAGCUCAUUUCACACAAACUUCGUCCAUAUGAGAAAAGUUUUCAUUAUAUUGGGCUGCUCAAAAAUGUGAUAAGACUGUCCAUGACUUCUCUAAAGGCGUCUGAUGCAAAAGAAGUUGCCUCCUCUGUCACUGCCAUCGCGAAUGAAAAGCUGAAAGCAGAGAAAGAAGCCAAUGCUGGUAAAAAGAAAACAGGUGCAAAGAAGAAACAGCUGAUUGUGGAUAAGCCCGACGAUGAUGCCGUUGUCAGUAACUUAGAUUCUUAUGAUGAUUAUGAUUUCAUGUAACUAUAAUGGCUGAAUGUGCUGCUACUCCACCAGCAUGAGCUGAAGACGAUCCUCAACCUUGCAAUUUCAGUGUUACAGGGAGACUGGAAGAUUUGAGGCCUUUCCUCCAAAUUUUGAGACAACUGUGUCAUAUUUAGAAAUAUCAUUCUCCAUUUUUUCGGUGUGGUUUACCUAGUUAUUUGUCAAAGUGCAGUCAUAUCUUUAUGAGCUAUAGAUCAUAUUUAUGUUACAAAGUUAAGUAAAAACUUUAUGGGAGGGAUAGUUUAUUCAACCGACUGAACCUACCCUGAAGCAAAAGAGAUUGUGUUGGCUUGAUGCACCCUUUUGAUCUGAUUGCUGAGAAUGGGGUGUGUUACUUUUUUUGUUAUUGAUGUCUUGAUUGCUCAAGCUUCCCUUUGGAUUUCAAGAAUAAUAAUUAAAAAAAUGUAUCCUUUCAUAUA